AUGGGGAAAGUGGCUACGUUUGCAUGGGCUAUUUGGAUUUCUAGAAAUAAUUUUGUGUUCAAUCAUCAUGAACCAAAUGCAAUAUGUACUCUACCGUGGGCUCAAAAACAAUGGAGUGAUGUAAGGUCUACUGAGAUAGCUAGGCAUGUGGAUCCUUUGGUGGUUUCAUCUCCUCGGCUUGAUCAUCCCCCUGGCAGUAUUCAUGAUCUAUGUUUGCGAUGUGAUGGUGCUUUUAAGAAGGGUGCUGCUGCUAUUGGGUUGAUCCUCCAAGGGCCAAACGUGAGGAUAAUGGACGGUUUUGCUAAAAAGAUUCCUGCUGUUUUAGCCUUUUCUCUGAAGCUGUUGCAGUCAGAGAAGCUUGCCUAUUGGCUUCAACAACUG